GAAGGGCACCUCUAUAUUUUCUGGCUGUACGUUUAGGAUCUGUCACCUACACAUGCUACCGGUCUCCUCGUGGGCACCCUGGGCACUUAGUGCUUGAUGGUGAAGGACACUGACUAUGCCACGCAGUCCCACAUCCAGUGAAGAUGAUAUGGCGCAGAGCGUUUCAGACUAUUCAAUGGAGUCAGAAUCAGACAGUUCAAAAGAAGAGACCAUCUAUGACACCAUCCGUGCUACCGCAGAGUGCCCGACCAGCAGGCUCGAGGACAUCCAGACCAACACCAUGGUCAUUAGAAUUGUAAUCCCUGAUCUACAGCAAACGAAAUGUGUCCGCUUCAAUCCAAACGCUACUGUCUGGGUGGCAAAACAGAGGAUUCUCUGUACCCUGAACCAAAGUCUUAAAGAUGUUUUGAACUACGGCUUGUACCAGCCGUUCAGCAACGGGAGAGACGGCAAAUUCCUGGAUGAGGAGCGACUUCUCCGAGAAUACCCGCAGCCAAUGAGUCGCGGGGUGCCAUCGUUAGAGUUUCGUUAUAAGAAGCGACUGUACAAGCAAUCCAGCAUCGAUGAGAAGCAGAUAGCAAAACUCCAUACUAAGGCUAAUCUGCGAAAAUUCAUGGAUUACGUCCAGCACGGCUCUGCGGAGAAGAUGUCCAAGAUGCUGGAUCGAGGGCUAGACCCAAAUUAUCAUGACCCAGACAGUGGAGAAACUCCCCUGACUUUAGCUGCACAGCUGGACAAUGCUACAGAAAUGAUUAAAACUCUUCGCAAUGGAGGAGCUCAUCUGGAUUUCAGGAGCAAAGAUGGGAUGACUGCUGUGCAUAAGGCAGCCAGGACAAGGACCCAAUCAGCUCUUGUGAUGCUGUUGGAACUGGGGGCAUCUCCUGACUAUAAGGACAGCCGAGGUCUGACGCCGAUAUACCACACGGCGAUGGUAGGAGGGGAUCCAUACUGCUGCGAGCUGUUGCUUCAUGAGCACUCCUCCAUUGGAUGUAAAGAUGAGAAUGGUUGGCAGGAGAUACAUCAGGCAUGUCGCUAUGGCCACUUUCAACAUUUAGAGCAUUUACUUUUUUAUGGCACAGACAUGGGAGCUCAGAAUGCAUCUGGAAACACUGCUCUGCACAUCUGUGCUCUGUAUAACCAGGACAGUUGUGCACGAGUCCUGCUGUUCCGAGGAGCCAACAAGGAAAUCAAAAACUUUAAUAGCCAGUCUCCAUUCCAGGUGGCUAUAAUUGCUGGCAAUUUUGAGCUUGCCGAGUUCAUUAAAAACCACAAGGAAACUGAAAUUGUGCCAUUUAGGGAAGCACCAAGCUACUCAAAUAGAAGAAGAGGUCCUCCAAAUACAUUAACUGCUCCCAGAGUCCUACUACGUUCCAACAGCGAUAACAACCUUAACGUUAAUAACAUUCCUGAGUGGUCAACUGCUGCAUCCUCUUUACACCGCAGUCUUUCACCACAGCUAUUGCAACAGAUGCAGAACAAUCCUAAUGGCACAGUGAAAACAAUCGGGAACUAUGCCCAGGUGUCACGGAGCCGCUCACCAUCGUUGAACCGACUAGGAGAGGAUGCAAAGAGACAGCAAAACCGACACAUUAGUCCUGGACCUAACAAGGAAGUGGCACCUGCAGUGGAUUAUCAGAUUCCGAAGCGCAAAUUGUACAGCGCUUUGCCUGGGAGACAUUUUAUUGUGGUGAAGCCAUAUCAGCCCCAAGGUGAAGGUGAAAUUCCUCUUCAUAAAGGAGAUAGGAUAAGAGUGCUGAGCAUUGGAGAAGGAGGAUUCUGGGAAGGCAAUGCAAGAGGUCAUGUGGGUUGGUUUCCAGCUGAAUGUGUGGAGGAAAUUCAGCCCAAACCCACUGAAGUACGUCCAGAAACACGCUCAGACAGAUCAAAGAAGCUUUUCCGCCACUAUACCGUGGGAUCAUAUGAUAGCUUUGAUGCCUCUAGUGACUGCAUCAUUGAAGAGAAGACUGUGGUGCUUCAGAAAAAAGACAAUGAGGGAUUUGGCUUUGUGCUUCGUGGAGCUAAAGCGGAUACGCCCAUUGAAGAAUUUAACCCAACAGCAGCGUUCCCGGCACUGCAGUAUCUGGAAUCUGUGGACGAAGAUGGCGUGGCCUGGCAGGCCGGACUGCGCACUGGGGACUUCUUGAUAGAGGUUAACAAUGAGAACGUUGUGAAAGUCGGCCAUAGGCAAGUGGUGAACAUGAUUAGACAAGGGGGCAAUCACCUUGUCCUGAAGGUGGUGACAGUGACCAGAAAUCUGGAUCCCGAUGACACAGCAAGGAAAAAAGCACCGCCACCGCCAAAGCGAGCCCCAACAACAGCGCUGUCCUUACGGUCUAAAUCAAUGACCUCAGAGCUUGAGGAGCUGGAUAAAACAGAGGAAUCUAGCUCCAUUUCAAAGCCCUUGAGACCAAUUGACAAUGUGUCAGUAGAAUCCAGAAUUGCAACCAUAAAGCAACGUCCCACUAGUCGAUGCUUUGCUGCUGCUCCAGAAACAAACUCAUUGUAUGAUAGGCAAAGUAUUGCUGUAAUGCCACCCACUGUUCCAGGAAGCACUCAAGGUCCAUUUCUGGGUAUACCUCGUGGGACAAUGAGAAGACAAAAGUCCAUAGGUAUCACAGAAGAGGAGAGACAGUUCCUGGCACCACCAAUGUUAAAGUUUACAAGGAGUUUGUCUAUGCCAGAUGCAUCUGAAGACAUCCCACCGCCACCUGCAACUUUACCUCCUUCUCCACCUCCCCCGUCACCAUCUCCAUUUAACUCUCCAAAGUCUCCCACUCUGAGAGGAUAUGGGACCAUCAAGCCAGCAUUCACUCAGAAUUCAGGAAACAAAUCUCCCACGCCAGCUGUGCGCUCAGAUAAUGUGGGCACUAUGAUCAGAGACAAGGGCAUGUAUUUCCGGCAUGAAUCUAAUAGGUUCUCUUUAGACUCUGAGGACCUGUAUAACACCAAUAUUGCAUCCCAACAAAACCUUAAGAACAAGAGGGGUCAGAUGCCAGAAAACCCUUAUUCAGAAGUAGGAAAAUUAGGAAACAAAGCUAUGUAUGUCCCUGCCAAACCAGCCCGACGGAAGGGCAUGCUUGUCAAACAGUCCAAUGUGGAGGACAGCCCAGAAAAGACAUGUUCCAUCCCCAUCCCAACCAUUAUCAUCAAGGAACCUUCUACCAGCAGCAGUGGGAAAAGCAGCCAGGGAAGUAGCACUGAGACUGACCUUCAGAUCGCUGAGCAGGCAGGUCAGCUUCGACCAGACGACAGCCUGAACAAGAGCAGUCCAUUUGCAGCGGCCAUUGCUGGAGCUGUCAGAGAUAGAGAGAAAAGGUUAGAGGCAAGGCGCAAUUCUCCAGCCUUCCUUUCUACAGACAUGGGAGAUGAAAGUGUGGUUCCUACGCCCAGCCCAAGGCUAAGGCACUCCAAGUCUAUUGAUGAUGGCAUGUUCAGUAAUGAGGAAAGGUUUAAGCAUCUUGUUUCUCCCACGUCACUGGGUUCCAUCAGGGGAACAUUGAAUGCCUUCAACAACAUGGAAGUCGCCUAUCAAGGAGAUGUAACCAAUGCAAGAAUAUCAAAGGGGAGAGGAUCUGAAAACAACACAACAGUAACAACAGCAGCAAACACAACUGUGAACUACACUCAUCCCAUCACUGGAAAACUGCUGGAUCCUAAUUCACCCCUGGCUCUGGCUUUAGCUGCAAGAGACCGAGCUAUGAAGGAACAAAACCAGCCUAGCUCCAGCCCUCCAGAGCAGGACAAAUCUGAUCUUAAUAAACCCCUUUACAUUGAUACAAAAUUAAUACCCAGCACUGAAACUUCUUAUGUAACAGCCACACUCAACUCAAACAGGCACGUUCACUUGUUAAAGAGACAAGAUACUGAGAAUAAGCUUGAGCCAGAUCCAGCAAAGGAGGAAAAACACCACGAAGAGAGAAAAAAUAUGUUAAUUAGCAUCAUGGACACAUCCCAACAGAAGACCGCUGGAUUGCUCAUGGUUCACACAGUAGAUAACAACAAAGUAGAGAAUGUGUUAAAUGAAAAUGAGGAAGUGGAGAAAAUAACUCCAGAGAACUCAGCUGGUAUUACAGAAAAAGCUGACAAAGAAUUAGAAAACUCAUUGGUCAAAACCAGUGACCCCAGGACUCCUGUACCUCCUGGCAAAGCCAUCGUAGCUGUAUGCUCAGUGGACGAUUCUGUUAUCUUACCUUUUCGUAUUCCUCCCCCUCCCUUUGUCUCAGUAGAUGUAGAUGAAGACUUUGUUUUUACUGAGCCACUUCCACCCCCCUUAGAAUUUGCUAACAGUUUUGAUAUUCCUGAAGAUGCCUCUGCUCUGCCACCAGCCAGUCUGGCAGAUUUGUUGAUGCAGAGGAAAAAUGCUUCAUAUAAUCCCAAUGUUGCCUCUAACUCUUUGGAAAGUAAAAAGCCUUUGGUUCUCUCCAAUUGUUUGCCUGCCUCAUACAUUCAGCACCCUGAAAGCUUUGACAAUGUUACAGACUCUGGGAUUGAGGAGGUGGACAGCCGCAGCAGCAGUGACCAUCACUUAGAGACUACAAGCACUAUAUCCACAGUCUCCAGCAUAUCUACCUUGUCUUCAGAGGGUGGAGAAAACAUUGACACAUGUACGGUCUAUGCAGAUGGGCAAGCAUUUCUUGUGGACAAACCCCCAGUACCUCCAAAGCCUAAAGUGAAGCCCAUAAUCAACAAAAAUAAUGCACUUUAUAAAGACGCCGUUCUUGAAGAGAACAUAAACAGUUUUGUUAUCCCUCCUCCUGCUCCUCCACCACCUCCCAUUGGAAUGCAGCUGAACAUUACCAAACCUGUACAGCAAAGGACCUCCAAAUUAUGGGGUGAUUCCACAGACAUUAAAAGCUCAGUGAUUCACGGCCCCAAAGCCAAUGUCAUUAGUGAAUUAAAUUCCAUUUUGCAACAGAUGAACAGAGAAAAAUCCACAAAGCCAGUGGGAAGUUUGGAGUCACCUCCAGGCACAAAAACUGCAAGUCUCAGCACAAGGGGCGCAGACGCUUUGAGUACUGUCUCAGGUAGCAGAAAUACAACACUUACUUUCACUAUCCGUCCUGGAGCCAACCAGCCAAUCAUGCUGCAGAACAGAGUGCCUGAGUUUGAUGGCAGGAUUACUGGAAUGAGGCGAGCCCCUAGCCCUGUGGUAUGUCCAGUCGAAAUCAAUCGAGAGAUUAAGCCUGGCCCUUUGUCGGCUCCUCCAGUCUCCAUGUCAGAUGUCUUUGUGUUACCCACGCAGCCACACACUGGGGACCUUUUUGGCAUGAGCAUGGGGAGAAGCAGGUCACCAUCACCAUCCAUAUUACAGCAGCCAAUGUCCAAUAAGCCUUUUUCAGCUAAACCCGUCCACAUGUGGACUAAACAUGAUGUUGCUGACUGGCUUGAGAAUCUUCAUCUCGGGGAGCACAAGGAGAUGUUCAUGGACAAUGAAAUUGAUGGAACACACUUGCCCAGCCUUCAAAAGGAGGAUUUAAUAGACCUUGGUGUCACUCGGGUGGGCCACCGAAUGAACAUAGAACGAGCUUUAAAACAGCUUUUGGACAGAUAAAAUUACCCAGUGUUGCCUCUUCAACUUCUGUGUCAAGACCCUUUCUUUUUGACAGUUGAAUUUCUUAAUGGGGCCCUAUCAUGAUUAAAAGUACUUAUUUAAAUAUCUUUCUUUACUGCAACUUUAAAUAGAUGUACAGAUAGUUUAUAAGCACAAUAUUUUAAGGAGAUAAGUGGCUGGUCUACUGGCAGCCUUCAUGCCACUUAAUUAUAAAGAGUGAAAUGGAAAAAAACUUUUGUGAUUUAAUAAUACUAUUUCUGUGGAAUAAUUCUUAUAAAAUAGAAAGUUUGACCUUUUUAAAUCAGCUUGAUUUGGAUGCAUUUGAACCAGCAGAGCUGUGUUAUAUUUUCUAUCUUUACUAGAACUUCUUCAUAGAAGAAUGGCUAUUUCUUUAAGAGUAGUUAUAAAUAAUACAGCAAUUACUAAAUAAAAAUAUAUCCCAAUUCCCUUAUGGAAAUCAAGUCAUUUUAUCCUGUUCAGUUCCAAGGGACCUGCGAUUCCUUAUGGUAAGGGCACGCCAUGGAACAGCCAGACAGGCUACAGAUUAUCAGUAUUUUUCCUUUGCAGUCCUCAUUGUGUUAUCUGAAAGUUGCAAAAAUCCAUUGUAAAAAAAUCAGUAAUCAGCUGUUUAAUUUGAGAGUAAUUUCAGUUUUGUUCCAUGUUCAGUUCGAUAAUACUGUAAUAUCAUCCCUGUUACUUUUGCAUUCCUCUUUUGUAGACUCCUUUUUGUGUAAUAUGGUUUUUCAGCCAUCAUUUGUCUUCCACUUGGUCAUAAUUACAGAAUUAAAUAUGUAAACGGCAAAGACCAUUCUACUUUUUUAUUGAACUCCUCUAGUAUUACCUCUAUCAUGUGCCAGGAAGAAUGAAGGCCUAAUGGUGUAUAAAUCACAGAUUUCUGGAAAGAGAUGUGUGUCUGCUCGAGUAACCUCAAGGAUGAGAUUUGAUAACUUUAAUCAUGUUGUGGAUUUCUUCUCUGCUUGGGGAUAGGUUUCAGGCACUUAACGCAAAUAUGUAUUUAGUAGGAACAUUUUAAGAGCUAAUUAAAUAGUAUAUUUUUACACUGUGUCUUAUGAGAGGACGUAUGGGACAUGUUUUCUAAUUAAAUAUAUUUGCCAUAAAUACUUAGUAUAUUAAACCAAUUGGCUGUGGGAUGUGAGUUUUGCUGAUCCCACAGGAACUUGGGGCUCAUGUGCUCAGACUUUUAAGGAGACAUGAACCACAGGAUGUUUCCAUUUUCCGCAAACCGUUUGUAAGCUGCUCAGCGAGCGCAAGUGGAUUUUUAGGUUUAGAACUUUUGUUACAUAGUGUAAUUUAAACAAAUUUUCAUUGCAUAUCAAGUUUAUGUAUUUUCUGUGAAUACACCAAAAUUUUACUAGAAAUGUAAAUUGUGUAAAACUUGCACAGCUGCCAGUGCAGGAUGGAACGCGUGUUCCUUAAGAUUCCGUAAUAAAUUAUAAAAUGACUACAUGUGACUGUUGAUUUACAGGUAUACAUAUCACAGAGGGGUUUUUCUUUGUGGUACUUUGUUUAAUUGAAUCACCCUGUCAUUUGGAUUAAUUAGUGUCAGAGCCUAUAAUUAUAAUGAAAAUUUCCCACUUCAAAACAAUGUUUCCUUCAGUGCGUCUGCUCCUUGCUCUGGUUUGUGUUCACGUUUUUAAUGUUGCUGUAAUUUUUGUGCUUUAAUUCAGAUAACAAACAAAUUAAAAUCAAACUACUGUAAUUGCACUUUCCAAAUUCCUAGGAUAAUUGUAUGGCAACCAAAUUAUUGUAAAACAAAUAAAUAUAUUGCACUAAGAUUGUGGCUCUGAUUGCAGACAAAAAUCUUCUGCUUGGAAUCAAUAAAAAGAUAAAAGUUGCCAAA